AUGGGGUCCGAUGGAGGGAUUGGGUGUGCCCUGACCGCCAUCCGCGUUGCCAGCUACGGCAUGCUUGGAUAUUGCCUCUUCUACCUGGCCAUGUCCAUCGGCAAGUGGUACGAGGGCACCAUCCUCCCCGACGACGAGCUCGAGAUGCUGUUGGACAGCGAGGACGCCGACCUCGACGGCUCGGCCGACCUCUACAUCAAGCACUCCGACACCUCCAAGUUCAUCUUCAUCGGCCUCCCGAUCAUCUUGACGGCUGCCCUAGGUGGGGUGUACGAAGCCUUCUGGAAGCGGCGGGAGAUCCAAUCCACCCAGGAACACCCUGACAGUGCUGCUGCGGGAGAGAAAGAGAACAGCAAGCCGGGCAUCUUGGCGUUCCUCCACAGCGUCGUGCACUACCAGUACCGACCCUUGGGCCAGUUCUCCCCGUGGCUAACCGUGGGCGAGACCACCGUGCUUACCCUGUGGCUCCUCGCCAUGGGAUCCCAGUGCUGGCAAGGCGUGCUGAACCACGGCAACCACUUCCAUGAUAUCUACAUGGUGUGCCCUGACGAUCCGACCCAAUGGUGCAACCAGUUCUCUUUCGAGCCCGGAGGGCCUACACCCAACCAAUACAGUAAGUCCUCCCUGGGCGUUUGUUUAUUCCGACCCACAUUUCACGCUCCGUUCCGCGUCUACUACCGAUAUCGUCUUCCGGAUGUGCCACAAUCCUUCCGCCUGAACCAUCCGCCCCCGUUGUCGGGCCAAAUCAGAUUGAGAAUGAUUGGCGUCUUCAUGGGGCUGGUGUGCUCCUCCCACUUCGCGAUCAUCCUGGUUCCGGUAUCCCGCGACAGCAAGAUCUGGUCGGCCCUCGGGGUACCGUUCGAACGGGCCGUGCUCUACCACGCCAUCGCCGGCCACCUAGCCUUCACCUCCCUCUUUUUCCACGCCCUCCUCCUGACGGCGCACUGGGUCCAGUACAAGGGCUGGAGCCACGCCGUCCACGAGUCCAUCCACUUCGACCCCAACACCCACGGAGGCGUCGACACCCCCAUGGGUUGGAUGGCUGGACUCUGCGCGAUCCCGAUGUGGGCUACCUCGGUGAACUGGGUCCGGCGAAAGUACUACAGCCUGUUCAAGCUCGCACACUGGCUCUUCAUCGGCGUCUUCGCGUUCAGCGUCAUGCACUGGGCUCCCAACGCGCUCUACUUCCUGGGCGGGUUGACGCUGUACAUCAUGCACGUGCUGUCGAGAUUGGAGUCGUGGAAGCGGUGGCGUUACUGGAACCGAUGGUUUAGCGCGGACCCCAGCAAGGCCAGCCCGACCAGCCUCGUCAGCGUGGUGACGAACGACAACUACACGCGGCUGGUGCUCCGCAACCCCAAGACCGGCGGCGUUGGGGACAGCGGCGACAGGUCCGCCCGUGGGGGAUCCUUCGUGUACAUCAGCGUCCCCGCCGCGCUCGGCACCGACGAGGCCCACGCCUUCACCGUUGCACUCCGCGGAGCCCCCCCUUCCUUCUCACACGCGGCGAAACUCUCGAGCGGCAACAACAGCGCCGCCCAGGAGGACGAGAACGACGUCUUCACCGUGUACAUCAAGGACCUCGGGAAAUGGACGAAGGCUCUGAGGGACACCGCACGGGGCGCGGAAGCCGCGGGGGACGCUCGCUCGCUUCUGGUGGACGUGGACGGCUUCUACACCCAGGUCCAGUCGUUCAGCUCCAUGAAGGUCGCGGGGGGGGCGUCGCGCGUCGUUGUGGUUGCCGGGGGGUCGGGGAUGACUUCUCUCAUGGGAUUCAUCCAGGCGACGCUCAUGAACAAUGCGCCCCCUCGGUCCCGACCCUCUUCCCAGGACUGGGCGGUCGCCGCAAGGGAAGGCGCCGACGUUCCGGAGGUGAAGCUGGCCUGGUGCUGCCGGUACAUGUCGGAGAUGGAACUGGUCGGCGAGUGCCUCCCCUCCGUGCUCGCUAGCGCCGGCAGCAAGAAGGACACGCACUUCUCCAUGUCCCUCUACUGCAGCAGCAGCAAGGCUGACAGCAACGAAUCUCUCACCGUGACGUGGCCCCUGGACGCGAACGCCUACACCCACACCAGCACCCAGGAUAACGUCAUUGGCACGGGCCACGUCGCCGCCAGUCUCAACCACAGCGUUCGCGUUAUCGUGGCGGGUCUCGCCGCCUUCGCGGGAUACAUCCUGGGCUACUGGGAGGUGGACCGACGGGACCUGAUGAAUGUGUUCCACGAGGGGGCCAUCAUCUUCGUCCUCAUGGUGAUCUGCAUCAUCAGUUCCCUGAUCGUGUACGAUUGGCUCUUCUUCUUGGUCCGCAAGCACCUCCUCGGCAAGGGUGUGGACAGCGCCGAAGCAUCGCAGAUCGGCGGGCGCUCCGCCAGAGUCGGCGAGGAGUCCAAGAUGGACCUCGAGUCCUCCACCGUGGCCGGCGUCGGCAGCGUCACCUACGACGUCACCCCGGGCCGCGUGCCCACGAAGGCCCUCCUGAUCCAGGAGGCCGAGCUCGCCAAAAAGAGCAAUACACCGUCCGUCAGGGUCCUGACCAGCGGACCCAACUCGCUCGUGGACGGCGUGCUCGCUGAGUCCCGCGCGGUCGACUGGAAGCUCUUCGACACCGAGGCGUUCUCGUUCGAGUUCUAA